AUGGAUCCACCUCCGCUCCGCCGCUCGCCUCUGGCCCGUGCUCCAGCCACUGCUGCUCUCCAGGCCCAUGGACUGCACGUUCUGGAGGCCAUGGAGUUUAAAAUGCCUGUUGCCAGUGAAUGGGAAGAGGGAUCAGAAGUGCUUGUUAACACAUCAAGCUGUCAGCCAUUCUGCAGACGCUCUGCUGCUCACGAUAAAGAGGAACUCUUUCAGAAUGUACUGACACAGGUGGCAGAACAGUUCUCAAGGGCAUUCAAGAUCAACGAGCUGAAGACCGAGGUCACCAACCGUCUGGCCAUGCUGGAGAAAAGAGUGGAACUGGAGGGGAUGAAGGUGGUGGAGAUAGAGAAAUGUCGCAACGACAUUAAGAAGCUCCGUGAGGAGAUGGCAUCAAGAAACAACAGUAACUUCCUGGAAGGCAACAAGAAGCUGACUCCACGCAGAGACGUGCCCUCCUACCCAAAGUACAUGCUGUCACAACAGACCAUAGACGCCCUCAAAAAACCCGCCUUCGACGUGUGGCUAUGGGAGGCCAACGAGAUGCUCAGCUGUCUGGAGCACAUGUACCAUGACCUGGGCCUGGUGCGAGACUUCAACAUCAACCCCAUCACUCUCAAGAGAUGGCUGGUAUCAAGUAAAUGCCAGAACAGACCUGGCAGUCCGCUACAACGACAUCUCCCCCCUGGAGAACCAUCACUGUGCUGUGGCCUUCCAGAUCUUCUCUCAGCCCGACUGCAACAUCUUCUCCACGUUUGACCCUGAGUCCUUCAAGCAGAUACGACAAGGCACCAUCACGCUGAUCCUGGCCACAGACAUGGCCCGACACGGUGAGAUCCUGGAUUCCUUCAAGCAGAAAGUCGACAAUUUCGACUACACAGACGAGGAGCACUCCACCUGUCUGAAGAUGGUGCUCAUAAAGUGCUGUGACAUCUCCAACGAGGUGCGACCCAUGGAGGUGGCUGAGCCCUGGGUGGACUGCCUGCUGGAGGAGUACUUCAUGCAGAGUGACAGGGAGAAGGCUGAAGGGCUUCCUGUGGCUCCGUUCAUGGACAGAGAGAAGGUCACCAAGCCCACGGCUCAGAUUGGUUUCAUCAAGUUCGUGCUCAUCCCCAUGUUUGAGACAGUGAUGAAGCUGUUCCCACAGAUUGAGGAGACGAUGGUGCAGCCACUCAGAGAGUCAAGAGACCGGUAUGAAGAACUCAAACAGAUUGAUGACGCCAUGAAUGAGGUGCAGAAAAUGAAAAGUGAGAACUUGACCAUGGGAGGGAAGAAGAAGUAAGAGGUUUUAAAAAGCAGUGAGUGGGCAGACCCCUCGCUCCGUCAUGGCUGCAGGCUCUGAUCCCAGCGCUGCAAGAGGACGUGAUGGAGAGGAUCUGAGACAGCAGCUGUGAGACAACGUUACAAACCAGCAGGGACUCCACGACCGGACAGACAAUCCAAAGCCUUUUCAGGAAGUGUCCACAUUUGUACAGCACAGACUACUUCAGUGAACUAUAUUUAGAUACAUUUCUUGCAUUGUUUUUUAUUUGAAAUGUGUUGUUUUUUACAGAUUGUACAGAUUUGUAGUGACCCUUGUUCUUUCCUACAACAAUUAAAUGGAUUUCUUUAAUUACAAAA